AGAACUGCAAAACGGGAUAGAAGGAGGAGAGCAGGUGAACACUAUGAGCAAUGAGAAGCCACCUAUCCCCUCUGGAGAAGACCAAGUCAACACCAUGAGCAAUGAGAAGCCACCUAUUCUCCCAUCUGGAGAAGAACCCUCACAAGUGUUCGAUCCACUGAUCCCUCCUGCUGGGCCAGCACCAUCCAUGGAUUAUGGGGCAUCCCCCAUGGGCUAUGGGGCACCUCCCCCUUUCCAACCCCCAUACCCAGUUUAUUAUGCCCCACCUAGUGCAGGGUCCACAGAAGAUCCCAUACUUCAGCCACCACAGACUAUCACCAUCACACCUGUACAACCCUGCAAUGAACCCGAUCACCUGGGCUACUCCAUCUUUACCAUGCUCUGCUGCUUCCUACCCCUUGGUAUUGCUGCCUUAGUUUACUCUAUACAGACCCGAGAUGCCAACCGCAUGGGAAGGACCAUGGUUGCAAAGCAAAAAUCCAGGCAGGCACUGAAGUUGGCCCACUCAGCAGUUGGCGCGGGGAUUGUAAUCAUCAUUCUGAACAUCGUCCGACUGGUGCUUUUCCAUGACAAGAACUACUGA